CUUAGCUCCAGUAGGUCGCUAGAGUAGGCGCAGGAUGAUUGCAGCACGAUCUUUUGAGUUUCUCUCUCUUGCAGAGGAUUCCGCCGUGGCGGAUCUUGAUUACCAUUACAGUGACGGAUCUGAGAGUCCGCCUGACUAUGAGGAGGUGGCAGAUGUUCAACAAAUGGUUUUUAAUAUACACAACGACACCCUGUAUUCUAAAACCAGCUCCAACUCCUCCCUUGAACUUUCCAGUGAUCCUGUCACCAAAGCAAAAAUCCUCCAAUCUACAGUUUACUGUAUACACAGGGCCGAGGGUUGUGCCUGGAUGGGUCAACUUGGCCGGCUAAAAGGCCAUCUUAACACAUGUAAGAAGGACGCUAUGUUUUGCUUGAACAACUGUGGAGCAAAGAUUGCUCGUGUGAAUAUGGAAGAUCAUAUGAAGUACACUUGUCAGAAUAGAUUGAUAAAUUGUGUGUUUUGCAAGCGUGGGUUUACCGGAAGUGAAAUUGAGCCGCAUCAAAAUAUAUGCGGGUUUGAGCCUCUGUAUUGUGAAAACAAGUGUGGACAGAGGAUAGCUAGGAACAGGUUGAAGGCGCACAUGGUGAACAACUGCAGCAAGAGGUUGGUUAACUGCAAGUACUGUGGGAGAGGAUACACCGCGGAUACGCUACAGGGACAUCAGAUCAAGUGUCCCAUGUUUCCAGUCCCAUGUCCCAAUAGAUGCGGAGAGAAUUGUCGACGGGAGGAGGUUGAGAGACAUCUAGUGAGAUGUCAGGAGGGACUAGAGAGCUGUCCACACAAGGUUGCUGGAUGCUCCUGGCAGGGACAUCCUUCAGUUCUAGAGCAACAUAUGCUGGAUACCAGGGAGCAGCAUCUAGAUAUGAUGGUGAAAUAUUGCAGCUCCCAGCAGCAAUAUAUUCAUAGAUUAAAGCAGGAGCUGGAGAAAGCGAAUUUACCCAAGGACGGAGUUCUAAUCUGGAAAAUUCAAGAUUUUGAGGAGAAAAUGGCGGAGGCAAAAACUAGUGAAGGAUUAGAGCUUGUCUCUCUGCCCUUCUAUACAUCCAGCUCCGGGUAUAGAUUACAAGCCUCACUGUUCCUGGGCGGUAACGGAGGAGGAGAAGGAACCCAUAUGUCCGUGUAUAUCAAGGUACUACCUGGAGAGUUUGACAACAUCCUAAAAUGGCCGUUCAAGCACACCAUCUCCUUUACCCUGCUGGACCAGAACCCGGACAGGCAGAGUGCCGUCAACAUCGUGGAGUCAUUUAUCCCAGAUCCGUCCUGGACAAACUUCGCCCGGAGCAGUAAAGUUGAGGACCCGGAGCAGCUUGGGUUCGGGUUCCCGAGGUUUGUUCCCCAUGGUAUGUUAGGGAUGAGGAACUAUGUGAAGGAUAACACCUUGUUCAUCAAGAUCAGGGCCGACGCUAACAAGGGAGUCGCGGUCUAGGACAUUUGUCGAUAAUGCCAUCGUCUUGUCGACUUAUAGUCCAUGUCGACUUUGUGGAGAAUAAAACCGUUGAUCUCUGUAAACGGCAUUUUAGUGAAAUCUAGUCAAAAAUGUUAUAAAAACGUUGUACAGUAUUAAAGCCAUCCAUUAGGCAGCUAUCUUAGAAGUGUGCACAGUGUACACCAUUAUUUAUCUAUGUUUAUGUACAGAAUUGUACAGUACAUGCAGCUGAAGAAACCAAAGAUUUGAACAUAUCAAUAAUUUGUAAAUAUUAUAUUUUGUAUAAUAAACUUAUAUUUGUUCUGAUUAAAAA